UUCGAUGCUAUUAAUUGUCCCGCGAGUAACAAGGGGUUUUUGUGGAGUCGCACUUGUAGGACCGAGAGGCGGUCGAUGCCGGGCGGGGUUGUGCCAUACGAUACGGCCUCAGUGUGCCUCGCGUCCGCCCCCACGACGCUCGCCCGCGCCCGGUGCACUCGCCGCGACUCGCUGCGACUCGCUCCGUCUCGCCCGACGCGCCCAGCAUCGCUCAGCCGGCCCGUUGCGGCAUGUAGGAAAAACGCUACAGAUCUGGUGGCGAUGACAAAACAGGGCAACUGAAAACACGAUGCUAAGCACAAGUGAUUAAUCAGAUAUUGGGUGGUGAUGCUGCUACCACCAUGGGUAUGGCAUUUCUGGAUUACACUGCUCAUCUGUUCCACAAAAGAGGGAAGCGGCCAGGCCACGGACGUGGAGGUGAAGCUGACGGCGCCGAAGUGGGUGGCGCGCGGCGGCUCGGCCACGCUGCGCUGUCUCCACCAGGUCCCGCCGCAGCUCCUCUACAAGGUGGAGUUCCUGCGCUCCGAGUCCAAGCUGCUCCAGUACGUCCGUGAGCGAGUGCCUCCAUUCACUAACUACACGUUCCCUGGGGGGCGGUUGAAUAUGUCACUAUCGACGGAAGACUCAAUCACCAUCGAGAACUUGGACCCAUCCGCCUCCGGCCUGUACUGGUGCGAGGUGUCCCUCGAGACGCCGAUUUUCACGGCCGCGUCACCGCCCCACGAGCUGACUGUCGUCUAUGCGCAGAAGCACCCGCCGAUCAUAAAGUUUGGGAAACCGGACGCGGUUGUGGGUGGACUGUUGCGGGCAAACUGCACUAGCGCGCCAGCGGCGCCCGCGCCGCGUCUCACUUGGUACAUUGAUAAUGAGAAGGUGGACGAAGAAUCCGUUCGAUACUUCUCCUACCGGGUAUCCAGUUCCACUCGUACGAAAGGAGGAGGGGGCUACCGGCACAGAAAGCACCAGCACCGCUACAUCGCACCGGAAUUCAACUACACCGCAAAGUACUGGGCACUCGUGAGUGAGACCACCGCCGCGCCGGUGCUCAACCAUACCAAGCACACUAAGUGCACGCUCAACGAACAUAGCGAGGAAGCUGCGAAGAUCCGCGAGCGUCCUCGCGUACCUCCGGCGAUGCCGAUCUCUCUGUGGGUGUCGGUGGCGGAGCUGCGCGCGCCGGCGCACGGCCGGCUGCAGCUCACGUGCACUGCCACUAUCCCUGACAAAAUCGGUCCGGACGAGCGUUACGCUGACAUCAAGAAACAAACCGUUACUGUUGCUGUGAAUGAAUUAAGUAUAAAGAGGCCACAUUCAGAUUCAAGCCAAGGUAAUUCAACGUCAACCUGCCUGCAGUAUUAUCCACCUCUUUGGUUCCUCAGUUGGAGUCUGCUAGUCAACCAAUAUUUCUCAUCGUCAUCCCUAGGAACUGUUGAUUUUUAAAAUCGCAAACAUGAGUACCAAUUUAUAGUAAUUUGUUUUAUUCAAAGCGCAAGCUUUGGAACGGAGGCAAUCAUCUGCUCCGCGGUAGCGUGUAGCAAAAUAAUCUAAAGAACACAACACGUUCACUCGCAGCGCGAGCUACGAGCGUGACCGAUAACAUGGAAAAGCGCCUACGAACAAACCCGCAUAGCGGGUCGCUGGUAGUGAGUGGGCUACGCGCUCGUGACGAAUAAAAUGGGUGACUCGCACUCGCAACCGUCGCACGAUGUGGGUUGACAUUUUUUUUUCGGUAAUGUAGUUAUUUUUUGUAUGACAAUAUUAACUUUUAAGCCAUAUUUUUUUUAUAUUUACCGUCGUCUCACAUUCAAGGUAAAUGGUUGUCCUGUUAAGUUUUAGUUCCUAUUCUGAUUCAACAGUUGCCUACUUAAUACACACGUUUUGCUUCUUUAAUAAUUGUUAUCAAAAUAUUAUAAGAUUGAAUCGUUGUUGUUUCUUAAUACUUUUACGGCAUUACGUAAGUGUCUAUAGCUAAAAUAGAGGUCAUAUUUUAGUAUUAAAUACAUACCUAGUCAAUUAUUAUUUUACCUGAGCUUCUUACAAUGUAAGUCAAUUAUACGACUUUAUACUUGAUCUUAUUCGUCUCCGACAGGGUUAACAUAAAACACAACUUUAAUAAUACUUAUAGCUCCUAUCUAUCCCCUAGAUAAAACGCAUUUUAUGCCUUAGAAUAUUAGAAUCAUUCGUUUGUAUUUCGCAACUAGGUAACAUCAAAACCACAAAGGUUUUACCUACCAAAUAUAUAAGCCUUCUAUUGAUACCAUUGAAAUUUUGGAAAUUACUUAAACAGUUUUAAAAUUUCCGUUAAACAAAAUUAAACACACGGUUCUACCUACUAACUAGCAUAUACGACUGGCCAAUGUUAUUUUAAUCUAUUAACAGAAUAAUACUACACGUAAUUUAAAUAACAUUAUAGAAGCAAUAUUAAUAUCACCUAUUAAAUAAAACACAGUGAUAUUUAAUUUAUAAUGAAGUUUGAAGUACUGAAUGCUCAUAUGCAUAAUCUGGUUAUAUUCAUGAACAUUACGGUGGUUACCGCAAGCGUGUAACGAUGCUAAUGGGACCUCCAAAUAAUAAUGCGACGGCACAAAUCCAUCAUAAUAAACUGAUGUGAAAAUAUUUUUGGCUUGUAAGUAGGUAAAAUCUGUUCUUUUUACUAGAC